AUAUUGAGUAUAAAAUGGUGGACAUACUUUUCACAAGUUGUGGAUUCCUCCGGUUACAUUCUCUAUGCAUAGUACUGAUGCUGUGAUGCAGGACACUUGAUGCUGUGUGUGUCUUGCAGUAAUAAGCGACGAGAAUCUUGAACUUUAAACACGUCUUUUGAUCGCGUCCUUGAAUCCCGCGUUGUUCACCUUCGUCUUCAUCUUCUACGUGUUCUUGUUCUUUAAAACUCUCCUGUUCUUUUCUCUCCUUUGAGAUCCACUUUUUUAGACUUUCAAAGGGACUCCAAUCCAGUAACUCUUAACGGCAAAGCAAAAAGAAAUACCUUCUCCCUUUACUGUCCUCUAUCUAAGAGUUAAAAUGGAUUCGGUUAAACGAUCUGCGGUGACCCCGAGUAAGAGUAGAUUGGCCCGCACUUUUGCUAAGGUUUUGCACAUUCGAGCUGUGACAGGGAUUGCUCCGGUUGAUGGAAUUCAGAAAACUAAGUCCCAAGAGAAGGCCAAGCAUGAUGACAUGAACAACAGUGAGUCUCCGUUGUUUGAUGUUGAAGAUGAAAAGCUCCGUAUCAGAGCAGCGACUGAAGCUUUUCUUGCCAAACUGUUUGCCAGCAUUUCUGCAGCUAAAGCGGCAUAUGCUCAGUUGCAGUUUGCUCAGUCUCCUUAUGAUGUGGAUGGGAUUCAAUCUGCCGAUCAGAUGGUAGUUUUGGAGUUAAAAAAUCUAUCUGAAUUGAAGCAUUCUUACUUAAAGAAACAGUUUAGUGAGUCUUCUCCUGAAACUACCCAUAUAUUGGCUGAACUCCAGGAGCAGAAGAGUCUUUUGAAAACCUAUGAAAUUAUGGGGAAAAAGUUGGAUUCUCAACUUAAGCUUAAAGAAUCAGAAAUCACAUUUCUUAGAGAGAAAUUGGAUGAAGCCAAUAAAGAGAACAAAUUACUUGAAAAGAGAUUAAAUUCAAGUGGAUCACUAUCGGUACUUGACAAUCUUCAUUUAUCAGCCUUAAGCAGCAGCCAUUUCACUACAGUUCUUCGGCAGGCAGUUAAAUCUAUUAGGAGCUUUGUUCGGUUGAUGAUCAGUGAGAUGGAAUCUGCGGGUUGGGAUUUAGACGCAGCGGCUGCUUCAAUUGAACCAGGUGUUGUUUACUGGAAUGCGAACCAUAAAGGUUUUGCGUUUGAGUCGUUUGUUUGCCGUGAUAUGUUUGAUGGUUUCAACUACUCAAACUUCUCUCUUCCAAAUGAGUCUUUACCCGAGCAGAAAACGUGGCAGCGACUAUUCUUUGACAGAUUCAUGCAAUUGAAGUCCAUGAAACCCAAGGAUUAUCUUGCUUGGAAGCCUAAAUCAACGUUUGCAAAGUUUUGCAGGACCAAAUACUUGAGACUGGUUCAUCCGAAGAUGGAGUCAUCGCUUUUUGGAAAUUUGAAUCAGAGAAAUUUAGUGAAUUCUGGUGAAUACCCAGAAACAACCUUCUUUGCCACAUUCUCUGAAAUGGCGAAGCGGGUUUGGCUCCUGCACUGUCUGGCCUUCUCUUUCGAGCCGGAAGCCUCAAUCUUUCAAUCCAGCAAGAGGUCUCGAUUCUCAGAAGUGUACAUGGAGAGCGUGAACGAAGAAGCGUUCGUGUCCUCCGAUGGCUCACCAGAAAGUGAAUCUCGUGUAGGUUUCACUGUGGUUCCGGGGUUCAAGAUUGGUAAAACUGUUUUACAGUGUCAAGUAUAUCUGUGUUGAUCAUAAACUCGGAUCAGCCAUUGAUUUGUCAUCAGAAGGGGAUCGGAACAUUCCUUAAAUUUUGGGCCCACAACAUGAAGGAUUGAACUGGAUGCCACUGGGUUGAUGGAUGUGAGGGCCUUUGUUUUGAAAAAAGAAAGCGCGUGGACAGUUGUGUUGCAACAACCUUUGCAUUAUAAUUAUAUGUCCUGAGGGUGUUCCCCAAUUUUGAUGAUGUCAGGGUAAGUGCUAGACUGCUGGAGGAAUUAUUAGCUGUAUAUUAUUAUAUUUUUCCUCUUAAAUGAAAAGGUUUUUCUAUAUGCAAGUAUGUGCCAAAAGAUAGAUAGUUUUACUAUCGGGUUUUUGGUUUAAUGAUAUUCUUUGCUUAGAAAAUACUUUGUCUUCAUAAGUUCAAGUGAUGAAAAGUAUGGUUGGUCGGUAAGAUGGACUUUAGUUGCUUAGAUGAAUUGUAUAAAAGUCCCUUGUGUGAGUUCAAAUUCUCAUCGAAGUGUAAGUCUUGAUUUAACUGAUGUAUGUAUUGAGGUUUCAAUUCAUGCACUUAGUUUACAAGUCUGAACGACAUAAGCGUGUUCUUACUC